UCAUGACACCUCGACGACGAUCUCCAUCGGAGUUCGGUCAUGGAUGUCAAUGCCCUAGAAGGAUCGAUCCCGGACGGCGGUGGAGAUCCGAGGAGGGAGAGGUCGCCGGAGCAGUCGUCUUCCUUGGCGCCGGGGCCGGCUGGGUACCGUCUCUUUGAUCGUGAGCGGAGUAUUCACCAAAUCAUUGGAGGAGGCAAAGCUGCUGAUGUCAUCUUGUGGAAACGGUGGUGGGUCUCAUUUGGAAUAAUUGUUGUUGCUACUGUGGCAUGGAUUACAUUUGAAAGAUCAGGAUUGUCAUUCCUGACAAUUGUUUCUGAUGUCUUCCUGAUCUUGAUUGUGAUUCGAUUCGCUCAAGCAAACAGUGCUGGUUUUCUUGAUAAACAAGUUCAGCCAUUACCAGAAUUGGUAUUAUCAGAGGAAAUGGUAAACAAUGCUGCCGCUUCAUUUCGUGUUAAAGUGAACAAUAUGUUGCUCAUGGCACAUGAUAUCACUCUUGGAAAGGAUUUCAGGCUAUUCUUUAAGGUGGUGGUCUUCCUUUGGCUGCUAUCUGUAAUUGGUGGUCUUUUCUCAUUCUUCACUCUUGCAUAUAUUGGGACUAUCAUGUCGGCAACACUUCCUGCUUUGUAUAACAAAUACGAAGAGCAUGUAGACCGAUACGCAGGCCUUGUCCAUCAGAAAUUUUCAAAGCAUUACAAGGUGGUGGACGAGACCGUCAUUAGCAGGCUCCCUAAGCGCGUGUGGAAGACUAAAGACACGUGAUCAAAAUACUUUUUGAUCUUGGUUGCAUUUGCUGUAUGAAUUUCAAACCACUCUUUCAAACAUUUCUUGUUAUUUGUUCUAGCUUAGCAUGUUUGUACCUAUUAGGAUUAAGACAAAUGAGUUCCAAGGUUGGCAAUA